AUGCUAGAGGGUCCAAUCGAUGCCACUGUAAGCCAUGGGUUCCAGGCUCAACGGGCAGGGGCCCUGGCAUUCUUACCAACUAGAAUCCUGGAUACGAGGCAAGAUGAAUGCAUUCACCGAAUCCGUGAGUGGAUAUUCCGCUGCAAGAACCAACACCCAUCUUGCUCGCACCAAGGACUAGCAGGCUCUCAUCUUCCAUCCCGCGUCAUUGAAGUCGGUUACCCACCAAAACUUUACGAGUCUCAGGGCGAAAGAGCCCACUACAUAACGCUUAGCCACUGCUGGGGAACAUCUCAACACUUUGUGACCACAUCUGAGAACAUCCAAGACCUGCGAACUGAAAUCCCUUGGAUGUCGCUUCCAAAGACGUUCCAAGAUGCAAUUUUGAUCACCCGAAACUUGGGGAUUAGAUUCCUCUGGAUAGACUCGCUGUGUAUUAUGCAAGACAAAAGAUCGGACUGGGAACUGGAAUUGGCGAAAAUGGGUGAUAACUAUAAGAACUCAUUUCUCACUAUCGCUGCUGCUUCAGCUGUCGACGACCAGGCGGGCUUUCUUGGCCCCAGGGGGACUACCAGCAUCCUU